ACUCUUCUCUCUUUUCUUUACAGAUCAUUAAUUAAACAACAACUACGUAUAAAAUUAUUUCUUUCCCACAAACCAACAAAAAAAAGAAAUUCCAAAACGACAAAUUAUAAAACAAACAUCUCACAAGUAGAAUCUAGAAAAUACAGAAACAGAAAAGACAAAACGUUGCCAAAGAAAAAAAUUACAUCAACUAAAAACAACAACAAAAGUAAACUAAAUUUUGAAAAAUUUAAGCAGAACAAAAAGAAUUUUUUAACAAUAAAUAAAUACUACAACAAAACAUCUACGAAACUAUUACAACAUAAUACGCUUAUAAAUUCUAUAAAGUCAAAUAGUCAGUCGAAUAGACAGUUAAACAAACAAACAAACAGUCAUUGCAGUCAUAUUAAAAUAAUUUAAAUAUUUUGUAGAUAAAAAAUCCUUAAGAUAAAACAAAUCAAGAAACCUUUGCAGAUUAUAAAUACUUUAAUGUAAUUAGCAGAGAAAAACAAACAACAAAAAAAUCAAUUGCGACAACUAAAAUACUUCAUUAUAAGUUAUCACAGUGAUAUUUGUAACUAUUUAACAACAAUAAUAACAACGACAAAACCACAAAAACAACAACAAAAAUGCAUAUUGAAAUACAAGUUGCAUUAAAUUUCGUCAUUUCAUAUUUGUACAAUAAACUGCCCAGGAGGCGUGUGAAUAUAUUCGGUGAAGAGUUGGAAAAAGCAUUACGAGAUAAAUUCCAAGGACAUUGGUAUCCUGAAAAGCCCUUUAAGGGUUCUGCAUUUCGUUGCCUCAAAACAGGCGAUCCUAUUGAUUCCGUUUUGGAGCGUGCCGCCCGUGAAAGUGGCGUGCCCAUAACAGAUAUUCUAGAAAAUCUUCCAAAUGAGCUAUCCGUAUGGGUGGACCCCGGAGAGGUGUCCUAUCGCAUUGGAGAAAAGGGCUCCGUUAAGAUUCUCUAUUCCGAGAAUAGCGACAAUCAAGAGGAUAACUCCUCUGCCGAUGGAGAGGUUAAUAAAACAUUUAAUCCUGAAGCUCAAUGCUUUCGUCCCAUCGAGGCCGUUAACACGAGCAUGAAUAAUUUGAGCUUAAGUCCCAAGACUUCGCCUUUGGCUGGUUCAUCACCCUUAUCGGCUUCUUCGAAUUCUCCCACUUAUAAGGGUAGCCCCAAUCCGGUGGCUGCUGCUGUUCUAAAUGGCGGUUCCUUUUUGCAACGUUCACAGGCACCAUUAACUUUUACCACGGCCACAUUUGCUCAAACGAAAUUUGGUUCGACCAAAUUGAAGACAAACUCGAAGAGAACUAACAAGUAA